CCAGAGAUGCACGACCACGGCAAGACGUGGCAUGGCAUGUCACGGGCAACUUACGGCUAGGAGCGUGUAAGUCAGGUAUCAACUGCAGGAUAUAUCAGGAAUAAGACGGACAACAUCUCACCGCAACAUUCUCUAAAUCUUCUCCCUCGCAACCAACUCUCCUCUCUCUCGUUUUGUCCAACCUUCCGGGAGUCCCGCCAACAACAAAAAUGAAGCUCACCCUCCUCCUCCCCCUCGCCAGUUUCUGGUCUACCGCGGUCGCGGCCGAGUACUUCUUCCGCUUCUCGGGCAGCACCAAGUACCCCGACAUCAACAACCAGCGGCUGCGCUCCAACGCCUCCGACACCCCCGGUGUCACCCUCGCGCCGCACAACCCAGCGGACCACUUCAGCCGCCUCGCCGUCGCCAACCCUUCGGAUCCGUACACGCCCCUCCUGGUUGUGCCGACCAACCCGCACCCGCCGCCUAUCCCGGGCUACUACGGCCUCAGCGACCGCGACGGCGUGCCCAACGCGCUGCGCCUGGUGUACACCUACCGGCCCGAGGAUGAGGGGCGGUACUUUAACUACAGGGAGUGGCAUCUGCAGCGCCUGCUGGGACGGUGUGGACCGAAUGGGAGAUUGGUGCUGAGCUAUAGGCCGGUCACAGGCGCCCCGUGGCGCUGGUUCGCGGUCAAGGAGAAGACGCCGGCGGGGAUUGACAAGUGGGUGCCCUGGUACAUCAAGCGGUCGCCGGACAAUGAGGCGAUUAUGGCUACGUGGGAGUAUGACACCGUGGUAAUAGACCUGGCUGAGGCCGGGCCGGUGAAUUCGCAGGCUCCUGGUGGCGUGGAGGAGUGAGAGGGAGGAAAUCGUCGGAAAAGUUGACAUGGGGUUUGUGCCACAGGUAUCUGUCUUUUCCGUUUGCCAUGUAGGGGAUAGGUCAUCGUCCCUGGCAGAGGAGCAGUCGAAAGCAAAGUUCGUCCGCAAUGAGAAUCCUCAUGGAGACCAAAGCGGAAGAAUGAACCGGCCCCGGCUAGUAGAGCUAGCCCUGAGGUACUGGAUCCUAUAUCAUUUGAUGUAUAGUUACCGCAGCUCAUUUCUCGUGCGGCUAUCACGACAAGUCUUCUUUAAGGAGUUCAACGCCAGUCAAAACCAUUAUUCCCAU